GGGCCGGGGCCCACGCCGCGGCCGCGAGGGCGCACGCGCGCGCCCCCCCUCGGCGGGCGCUCGUCGGCGCCGCCCUCCCUGCGCGGCUGGGCGGGCAUGGAGGCAGUGCUUCGUGGCGCCCGGCGCCCGCGGCGUCCGCGCGCUGCCGAAGGGGGCCGCAGACUGGUGGCCGCGCGGGCCGCCUGCGCCCUGCUCGCCGCGGCCGCGGUCUGCGCGGGCGUCCGCGCCUUCGCGUCGGGCCUGGGCCCGCGCCCUGGGGCGCCGCACAGGCGGACCGCGCUGGCGGCACAGUCUCCGGCGCUGGAUCCGGAGUGCCCAGUGACUGGCCGCCCUGCGUCGGUGCUGGCGGCAGACGCACAGAAGCUGCUGCAGGAGGUCUCCGAGGUCGUCCUGUCCACGGGCCUCGAGACGAGCCUCGCCCGCACGGCCGUCGCCGCCCGGGCCCUGGCCCUGACGGCGGCGGACGUCGCGCGCGAGCCGCCCUCCUCGCUCGACGAGGCGUUCCUCGCGAGGGUGCUCCGGAAACUGUUCGAGAGGCUGGGGGCCACGUAUGUGAAGCUCGGCCAGUUCAUCGCCUCCUCCCCGACCGUCUUCCCCGCCAACUACGUGCGCGAGUUCCAGCAAUGCCUGGACUCCACCACAACGGUGCCCUUCGAAAAGGUGAAACAGAUCAUCGAGGAAGACCUGGGGAGCUCUGUGUCGAGUGUGUACUCGUAUCUGGACCCUACCCCGCUGGCGUCGGCGUCCAUCGCACAGGUUCACGCCGCCACCCUGAUAACUGGAGAGGACGUGGUCGUGAAAGUUCAGAAGCCAGACAUCCAGGAGGUGCUGAAGACUGACCUAGGCUUCAUCUACAUCGCAGCCCGUGUGCUCGAGUUCAUUAACCCUGAGCUCAACAGCCGUGGAUCGCUCGCGGACAUUGCUGCUGAUCUACGAGUUUCGAUGCUGGGGGAGUUGGACUUCCGACAGGAGCAGAGGAACCUGGACGUGUUCCGCAAGUUUCUCUCCUCGAACGGUCUCGACAAGAUCGCGACGGCGCCCAAGCCGUAUCCUGAGGCGUCCUCCAAGAAAGUACUGACCAUGGAGCGUUUGUAUGGAGUCCCUCUCGUGGACCUGGAAGGCAUCAAGAAGUACACUGCAGAGCCCGAGAGCACCUUGGUCGCCGCCCUCAACGUCUGGGCCCUCUCAGUCCAGUCCUGCGAGUUCUUCCACGCGGACGUGCACGCGGGCAACCUCCUGGUGCUAGAGGGUGGGCGCGUCGGCUUCAUAGACUUCGGUAUCGUCGGGCGGCUGCCCCCCAAGAUGUCCAAGGCGAUCGACGAGCUGAACGACGCCCUGGCGGUGAAUGACGCAAAGGGCAUGGCGAGCGCGCUGAUCUCGAUGGGAGCCACCGUCGACGAGGUCGACGAGGUCCAGUUUGCGGCAGACAUCGAGAAGUUGCUGAAACGGCUCGGCGCUGCGACCUCCAACGCCACCGAUGCGGCGGGCAGUAUCGACGAGUCGCAGAUCCAGGACAUCGUCCUGGACAUCGCGCAGGUGGCCGGCAACAACGGCCUGAAGCUGCCGCGGGAGUUCGGCCUCCUCAUCAAGCAGGCGCUGUACUUCGACAGGUACACGAAGCUCUUGGCCCCGGACCUCGACAUGGCCUCCGACCCGCGCAUCGCCCGCCUCGGCGGCGGGGACAGCUCUGGCGGCGCGGGCGCCGCCGGCCUGGCCGCCGCCAGCGCGGCGGCGAACCCGGAGGCGGAGGCACCCAGCUCCGCCGGCGGCUCCUCGUGAGAGGCGCGCCCGGGGCGCGCGCCCGCGCCCGUGGCGCCGAGCUGAGCAGCCGCGCCCGUGGCGCGCCGCGGAGCUGCGCUUGCGCGGCUGCUGGCAGGGAUCCCUCGCCGGGCCCUUCCCAGCGCGCCGCAUUUUUGGGGGGAGGCGCGCCUCGAGGAAGGGCUGGCGGGCUUCGGCAGGGGUGGUGGAGUCGUCGGAGGUCCGCGGCGCCAGGCAUUUUUCGGAUCGGUGGCCUGAGCCCCGGCAGAUUUUCGAGCACAUGCGCUUCCCCUUUUUCUCGCCCUCUCGCUCUCUCUCCCUGCUUUGGCCUCUGCUUCUUUCUUACAAUGUGUGUCUCUGUCUUUCUCUCUCCCCCUCUCUGUCUCUCAGCAAGACACGUGUAGCCGUGCAUCACGUCGAUGCGCAGAAAAAUGUGUUGGCAGCGCUUGGCUCUCUUAAGUGUCGGCUGAAUUUUCUGUUGGCGGCGACCCAUCCGCGUCCACUUGCGUCAAUAUCUUCGGUGUCGGUUAUUGCCUAGGUCCAGGUAGUGUGCACAAUCUCGCGUUUGCUCGCCAGCGCUGUUCACAAACGCCAUCGGGACUCUGCCUUGUCGUUUGCAUGACCAGGGUUGCAGUCGCCACUUGAACCGCCGAUGCCAGCCAGAUUCCAAUCAGGAUCGACCGUUCCGCCCCUCCCAGACACCAACGCGACUUGUCUCGGAAGUUGGAGUCAUUGUUUGCCACGACGGCCC